GGUCCAGCGUAGCCCACGCCAACGCUCUUCUGCAGGCGGUCAGUGCGGCGGUCCCGCUAAAUUUUGGGUGAAUUUUCCUGCGCGGAUUCGCGCUGCGCAGCGUCGAGAACACAGUCAACGCACUGCCCAAACAACCCCUCGCGCAACACCGUCACCAUGGGCAAAGGCCGCCGCAUGAUCAAGCAAGGUCCGCCGGGCCCAUUGGACGAGUCGCUCGUCACCCGCAAGCGCAAAGACGCACCGCCUGCGCCCGUGAGCGCGCAGCAGCCCAAGAAGAGGAAGACACAGGACAGGAAGCCGAAGAAGGCACCCCAGGUCAAUCCAGGCAGGGCUGGCGCCAAGAGCAAAGCGAAACCCGUCAAGAAGGCUGCACCGCCGCCGCCGCAGUCUGACGACGACAUCUCGGAUGAGGAGCUCGACGAUGCGGAGGAUGGACUCGACGCAAAAGUGACCCGGCUCGAUGCGCUGGGCAGUGAUAUAGAUUCGGAGGACCUGGACGACCUGGAUUUGCAAGACGACGAGUUUGGCGACGAUGGGUCUGUCUUGGACUCGGGCGACGAUGAGAAGCCUAUGAAGAAGAAUGCCAUGUGGUCCGACGAUGAGGACGACGACGACAUCGAGGAGAAGCUCACGGCGGCGAACAUCGAGGGGCUUUCGCGCAAACGCGACAUGGAGAUCGCGAUCCGAGAGGCCGAAGCGGCAGCAGAGUUGGAGGAAGCGCAGAUGCAGACAAACAUUGCGGGAGAUAGGCCCAAGGUGCUCGACGACGAGGACGAAGAGGGCCGGCCCAUCACGAACCUCGUGACGCAGGACAUGCAGCUGCUGAGGACGCGGCUAAACGACACCAUCAGAGUUUUGGACGACUUCAAGAAUCUUGCGGAAGAGGGUCGGUCAAGAACAGAAUACAGGGCCCAGCUGCUGAAGGAUAUAUGCGCCUACUACGGCUACUCAGAGUUUCUUGCGGAUAAGCUGCUCUCCCUCUUCCCUGCGCGCGAGGCCUUCGCCUUCUUCGAAGCCAACGAGACACCUCGACCCAUCGUCAUCCGAACCAACACUCUGCGCACGCAUAGGCGAGAGCUGGCACAAUCGCUCAUCCAACGCGGUGUCCAGCUCGAACCCGUAGGCAAGUGGAGCAAGGUUGGCCUGCAGAUCUUCGACUCGCAAGUCCCGCUGGGUGCUACGCCCGAAUACCUCGCCGGCCACUACAUCCUCCAAGCCGCCUCCUCCUUCCUCCCCGUCAUGGCUCUCGCACCGCAAGAAGACGAGCGCGUCCUUGACAUGACCGCUGCUCCCGGUGGUAAGACGACACACAUCGCCGCGCUGAUGAAGAACACCGGCUGCGUCUUCGCCAACGACGCCAACAAAGACCGAGCCAAGGGUCUCAUCGGUAACAUCCACCGCCUCGGCGUCCGCAACACCGUCGUGUGCAACUACUCUGCGUUGGAGUUCCCCAAAGUCAUGGGCGGCUUCGACCGCGUGCUCCUCGACGCGCCCUGCUCCGGCACCGGCGUCAUCGCCAAAGACGCCUCGGUCAAAACCAACAAGACCGAAGCCGAUUUCCUGAAGCUCCCGCACCUGCAGAAGCAGCUCAUCCUCGCCGCCAUCGACUCGGUCGACCACCACAGCAAGACGGGCGGCUACAUCGUGUACUCGACGUGCUCCGUCACCGUCGAGGAGAACGAGCAGGUGGUGCAGUACGCGCUGAACAAGCGGCCGAAUGUCAAGCUCGUCGAGACGGGGCUCGUGUUUGGCAAGGAAGGCUUCACCAAGAUCGGCGGCAAGAUCUUCCACCCCUCCAUGAAGAUGACGCGCCGGUACUACCCGCACGCGUACAACGUCGACGGCUUCUUCGUGGCCAAGUUCAAGAAGGUGGCCGCCACGCCCGCGAACGCGGUGCUCGCGGGCGGCGUCAGCGCGCACAACAUGGUCAAGGCCAACAGCAAGAGCAACGGCACGUCCGCUGGCAAGCCGCCUGUGGAAGAGGAGUACGUGGACAAGCGGCCCGUACCCGAGAACGACGAGGAAUCGGAGUCGGACUUUGGCGGCUGGGACGACGAGGAGGACCAGGUGUACAUGGAGCGGGCGGAGCGCGCGCAGAUGCGGAAGAAGGGCAAGAAUCCCAAUGCCGACCCCAAGGCGGCGAGGGAGAAGGCCAAAGCACACGAGGGCCAGAAUGGCACUUCCGCGGCAGGCGAGAAGCCCGCGAAGAAGGAGGCGAAUGGCUCCGAGGCCAAGGAGCGCCAGAACGGCACCUCUGCAUCAAAAGGCGCCGCAGACAAGGCGCCCGCUAAGAAGGAGGUGAAUGGCUCGAAAGCUAAGAAGGCGGAUGCGGGUGCCAAGGCCAGCGGGGCGGGCUCGACGCCGAAGAAGAAGACUGGGCGGAAGUCGAUAUAGGUGUAGUGUAGCUUUAGCGUCCCUCUUCUAUGAUACAUGCAUACAUGCUCGACCUGCCUGCACUGCCCUGAGAGCCUUGGCAGUGGCAGCACACUAAAUGAAGUAUUUUCUCUACGAGGAUUCUAGACUCGUGGCCACUGCGCGGAUUUCAAAGACCCUGAGUGCAUCUACAUCCGUUUUGGACUGAUGUCCGAUGACCAUGCGAUGGCGAAAGAAACCCUGGGGUGAGCACGUAAUCAACACACUGCAUUUGGUACGUGCAGCCUGCAUCAUGGUUCAGAGAGGAGU